UACAAAAGACAGAAAGGUUGUGAGAUCAGCCUACCUGAGGAGCCUCAACCAACAUCUACCACUCUGAGAUCCACCUGUUCCUCUGCCAAGGAGGGGUAAAAAUGAGUCAGAUCACAGCACUAGUCCUCUUUACAGUCCUCUUGAACCUCUUCAGUCAAGCUGAAGCAAAUCCAUUUGUUUACAACUAUGAGGCAUUGAGGAUUGGAGGUUUGGUCUUCACAGGCCUGCUUGUAGCCGGAGGGGUUGGAGUUUUAUGUUCGGGCCAGUGCAAAUCAAAGAGAAAGGGCAAUGCAGAUGCAAGCAAUAUCUGAGGAUCAAGCAUUUCACCUGUCAAAACUUUUAUUGCAAUCUUGAGAAUAAAAGAUGAAUGUAUUUUUUCCUAUUCCUGUUUAGAAAAUACAGAUGGAUACUAGCUCAACAAAACUAUUUUAUUGCAGGUUUCAAUUAUGUAAUUUAUGUGAUUUAUACAUUCACUGUGUUGUAAUCCCUGCCCAAACCACUAAACUGCUCCAAAAAUUGAACUACAUUAUAUAAAUUCUGUAUGUUUUUUUUCUCCAAGUGAAAGAUGAGCCACCCAACAACUGUGUUCUGUGCUUUAAUAAAGGUUCUCAGUUUUGGUCCUGUAA